AUGCGGAAGCUUGCUCCCUACUUCUCUACAACUUCACUUUUUGGUGUUUCGGCAAUCGAUGCUUACACGGCCAUCUACACUCCACUGGUGAUUCUGCUAGCGUUCAUUUCGUUGCUCGCAAUUCAAUUUUUUGGCACCCCAAUAAGCUGUGCGACAUAUAAUUCAACGCAAGAUCUUGUCGACAAGCACAAUUUGGUAAUCGAGUUUUGUAGUCGUGAUGCUGCCCAAUUCGUUGAUACCGAGAGAAACUUACCAACAGUUGGCGAUUAUCAGUGGAUUCCUUUAAUUUUGCUACUGUUCUUCGUGUGCUUUUUGUUGCCACAUUUUGUUUGGUUGAUGAGCCGAACUUUAAUUUUUCCAUUUUCGUCUGCAAUGCAUAUAUUGAUGGCUGCCCGAGGGUUGCCACGAGAAAAAACUAAUCACUUGAUGGUAGAAAAUUUACAACAACUGCUACGAAUGAGAAACGAUUUUCGCAUAAAAGACAAGAUGACAGCUCCCAUCUCAAGCCUCUAUAUCGUUUUCAAGCUCUUAGUUUUGGUAUGUAUGACUGUUGCACAUCUGUUUGUGAUUGGCGCCCUUGCAAUGGAUCCCUCACAGCUCAUGAAUUCGGAUCGACACACUACUGGAUUAGGAAUUUUUGCCAAGCUUGCGACGUGUUAUUUUCCUUAUGAGAAGAGCGGAACACGUUACUCCUGCGUCUUAAAGUUCAACACCAUUUGCGAAAAAGUGUUCAUCAUCUUAUUCUUUUGGCUCACAACAAUGCAAAUAUUGGGCAUCCUCAGUAUAAUAUAUUGGAUUUUCAUGCUUUCAAAUUCACAUCGACGGGAAGCAGAUAUGGGUGAAUGGUUCAAAUUGGGAGAACCAUCAGUUUGUCAAUUCUCUAAUCAAAAGCGGUAUGACCGCUUCAUUAAACUUUUGGGUAGUGAUACUUGGUUAUUGCUCACGCUUGCAAGCCAACGCGGCGGAGUAUUUGUGGCAGCUCAAGCGAUUUCUGUACUUUGGAAAAGUUUUGUCAAAAUGGAGAAUGAGUCGCGAUACGGUUUUGGAGCUCAAGAGAGAUCUACUACAAGUCUUUGGUCGCGACAAGAAGAGCUUCCAAUUGUAACCGGUGUGCUUGCUGAUGCAAUUAGGGAUAGUGAUAGCCCAGACUCGGAAAAUGCAACAAACCUGACAACAGAAAUCCAGCAGGAGAUCCUUAAACAAGUCAAUGGAGAAUUGAAAAUCGCAUGGACAAACGAAUCGAUGGAAUUGCCGUUAGCGCAUGUAUAUCAUUGUCAUCUCAUGAGACGAGCCCAAGUACGACUACCCGAUUUACUGAUACAUAUACCGUAUGGAAUGAUUGGCGAGAACGAGUUCUGCAACCCUGUGAUUUACGGAGACAUGCAGCUCACAGCACAAAUCAACUAUGCCCAAAAUUCGACAGAAAAUUUAUACGCAGUUGAGGUGAAUUCACGAUGUGGACGGGCUUAUUAUGAGGCGCAGAAGCUCGAUGCCAUUGCCGACCUCCUUUAUCGAAUGAUUUUAUUGGUCGAGAAUUGUCGAGAAACGGCCUAUCAGCUUACACCUUUUGAGACAAUUGGUACUGAAAAAAUACAGAUUGGACAAAGAAAAAUCCUCAUCAAAGCCGAUCGGAAACUCUCUUCAUUCCCUCCAAAUGAGUGGCUGGUAUACGUUCUUCAGCUUUUCAUUUCUGCUUUCAAUAUUGUUCAAGUUGCGGUACUCAAUAUGGACCUUCUAGACGAAUGGAGCAACGCAGGGUUUAGACGGAUUAAUUUGCAAAACAUGGAGGAAUCACUUAGUCAAGCAUCGUCAUCGAGCAGCGAUUUGGAGCAGGAAUCGAUAAACAAAAAGAAAGCCGAAAAGCCGUCCAUCCAACGA